CAUUCCUAUCAUAGUUUCAGGACACCUCUUCAGCGUGUAUAAAAAGGAGAUGGGGACUACUAAAAGAGGGAGAGCGAGCACUCGUCAACUCACUGCCAGGUCUGGCGGCACGAUAAACAGACAGAAGAUUAUUCACUCAGGAAAGACAGCUUCAGCUUGUGAAGAUGUGGAGAGACUUUGUCGUCAUGAUCCUCUGUGUUACACUGGUGUCAGCCUCAUGCCCGAAGGACUGCCGGUGUCCCCCUCAAGUCCCCACGUGUGCAGCAGGAGUCAGUCUCAUGCUGGACAGCUGUGGAUGCUGUAAAGUUUGUGCUCGGCAGCUGUUUGAAGACUGCAGCAGGACACAGCCAUGUGACCACACAAAGGGACUGGAGUGCAACUUUGGAGGUGGAUUUGGUUCUGAUAAGGGCAUCUGUCGAGCUAAAUCAGAUGGGAGAACCUGCGAGUACAACAACAAGAUUUACCAGAACGGGGAGAUCUUCCGUCCAAACUGCAAACACCAGUGCACCUGCAUGGACGGUGCUGUUGGAUGCGUCUCCCUGUGUCCACGUGAGCUCUCGCUGCCCAGACUGGGCUGUGCCAAACCCAGACGGGUCAAGGUACCGGGACGCUGCUGUGAACAACUUGUCUGCCCCGGGAAAGCAGAGCCAGAAGGCUCAGCAGGGAAGAAGCACAGGAAAAAGGACGGCAAAGACAGAGCAUCUCAAGACGACCUCACCGACACAAAUGAGUUGGCUCCUUGGUGGAGAGGAGAGUCUUUAGCUGCUUUCAGGAGUCUCCCAUUGGGCCAUAUGGUUGCCAAAGGAGGAGUCAAGUGUGUGUCUCAGACCACAGCCUGGUCACCUUGCUCCAAAUCCUGUGGCACCGGAGUGUCCUCGAGGGUGACCAACAGCAAUGCCCAGUGCAAACCGGUGAAAGAGACACGGAUCUGUGAAGUCCGCCCGUGCAAACGAAUGACCGUCGUCAGAUUGAAGAGAGGUCAGAAAUGUAACCACAUAGAAAAGGCCAGCCGUCCAGUUAAACUGUCCUACUUGGGCUGCCGUAGCCUUAAAAAGUUCCAGCCCAGAUACUGCGGGUCUUGCGCAGACGGGCGAUGCUGCAGGCCUCGCCAGACCCAGACGACACCAGUGCGCUUCAGAUGCAGAAAUGGAGAAACCUUAAGCAGGAUGGUGAUGAUGAUCGAGUCUUGCAAGUGCAACCUCGACUGCUCGGACGGGAAGGACAAGACACCUGCCCUCUACAGACUUUUGAAUGACAUACACACACUGAAAAUGUAAAAAUUCAAGUGGAAAUAAGAUCUUUCAAGUGUUCAAAAAUUGCACUGUGAGGUUGCAGCCACCUAGUAGAAUGAACUGUACUGUUCAUGAUUUUGCUUCGUAACACUGGAGCUGUUUGGUUUUGCUUCUUUGUGAAGCUGUUGUUUUAUAUAUUGCCAAAAUUCUUAUUUUUCUAGUAAAACUUGUAAUGUAUUGCUCUCCACUUUUAUUUUAUUGACAUACAUAAUUAAACCUCUCUUGACAAGACAUACCACAUGUGAGCAUGAAAAUGACGAUGGCAGCUACUAAAUGAGUCAUUACACAGUAUGUCGCCAUGUUUCUGUUGAUUUACUGUACUUAACCUUUUUAUUUAUAAGACUUUGUUUCACACUUCACUUAAUGUAUUCUUAUAUUUACUAUAAUAUUGGUUUGACAUCCUGUUCUCUACACUUGCUUGUCUAUGUAAAAGUGCUGAAAUAUGACUGGAGCCUGCCACAUUGUCAAUUUUAUCAUUCUGUUUUUCACAAAUAAACAAAAGAAAAACUCA